CGUUGGACAAAAAACUAGUGGGGUUUUUGCGAUCUUCCGAGACAGGCCCACGAAGCGGCGAGGAGGAUGCUGCUGGCGCCGGCAAAGGAGCGCUCGGCGCGCAACACCAACCUCCAGCGUAUGGACAAGUCCAUUACAGUCCUCAGCAUCAAGUUUUGUGCCAUGCUCCGCAACGCGCCGGACGCCGUCAACAUUGUGCAUGCGGCCAAAUCACUAGGUACACAGAAGCGCCGGCUGCACGAGAUCUUGAACAUCAUCCAAAGCGUCGGCCUCAUCGCCAAGGUUGGCAUUGGCCUCUGCCGCUGGAUCGGCGACGAGGCCAUGCUCGCAACGCUCCAGCGCCUCAAGCACCCUUCGCCGGACGAAGCGCCCGUCGCGAGGAAAGCCGUCGCAACGGCGCUCAGCGAGCGCUUCCUUCAAGUCUUCCUGCACCAGGAACGACCGGAGCCCGUCGUGCUCGAAGACAUCAUGCACGUCGUGACGGCCGACAUUGCCGCAUGCGGCGACGAGCACCCCGUGUGUAGGCUGCCAUGUCUCGCGACGCCGUGCCGGGUGCUCAUGGCUCGUGUAGCGCCGACACGUCGCAUUUACGACAUUGCCAACGUGCUGUGCUCGCUCAACCUCAUCAAGAAGAUCCUCGUCAUCAAGCCCGAGACGCGGCGAAAGCACAUCACGUUCAUCUGGUGCGGUCCGUGCCCGACCCACCUUCCAGCAGCCAUCGACGCGAGCCCGCCGGCCAAGCGCCAUCGCCCGGACGUCUACCCGCGCAUCCGGCUUCUCGAGCCGACCGACUCGGACGCGACGACGACGGCCGACAGGAGCCCACCGUUCUCGCCGCCGCUAGUCUUUCCGCCGACGCACCACCAUCGCCCACUGCCGAUGCUCGAGGCCUCGCCCUUGUACCUCAUUUUGCGCAACGAGCAGCUGGGAAAGGAGCUGGCCGAGGCGAGAGCGCGCGAAUCCGAGCUCACGGCGCGGGUCGCUCGCCUCGAGGAGCAGCUUCUCAAGUCCGCGCACCUCCGCCGCCCGCCAACGCUCCGCCCGCUGCCGUUCCAGACCGAGCUGGACGCGCGCGGCGCGACGUCGCCAACCCACACGUCGCUCAUGGCCGCGUCGACGCUGCUGAGCUUUACGCCGCGCGACGGGCACAAGGACGACAAGGAGAACGUGUCGGCGCGCAACCGCGGCUUCUCGCGCGAGGCCAGCACCGAACCUCACUUUUGCAGCCUGCCCUUUCCGCGAUUUUCCUAACUG